AUGGUUAACACGCUCCCCUUCCGCGACAUUCAGGUCCCCUCGCCCGGCUUCGGUGCGAUGGGCCUUAGCUUCGGUCUUGGCAGCAACUUGAGCCUUGAGGAGGCCGAGCCGGUCUUGUUGAAGGCAAUUGAACUGGGUUGUACGUUUUGGGAUACUGCUGUUGUCUACCAAGCCGGUGUGAACGAGAAGCUGCUCGGAGAUUUUAUCCGGAAACACAAUGUUCGUGACAAGAUCUUCAUUGCCUCGAAGUGUGGCUUCGACGUCUUCUCCGGACAGGGUGCUGUCACCAACUCCGCCUCGCAUAUCAAGGAGUACAUCGAGGGCACCACUGAGCGAUUGGGGUUCGCUCCUGACCUAUACUAUUUGCAUCGCAUUGAUCCUAACACCCCUCUUGAGGAGUCUAUUCCCGCUCUUGAUGAAAUCCGCAAAGCAGGAAAGACCAAGUACAUUGGUCUUUCGGAGUGUUCGGCCGCUACCUUGCGGAAGGCCAACUCUAUUGCCCCGAUCGAUGCCGUCCAAGCCGAGUACUCCGCUUUUGAGACCCUGCACGAGACAGACGGCUUGAUUGAUACGGCCAAGGAGCUGGGAAUUGCCUAUGUCGCCUACAGUCCCCUAGGCCACGGCUGGCUGGUCGAUGACUUCCACUACAAAUCCCCCGACGACUUUGCGCCGGAUGACUUCCGUCGAAAUAUUCCUAAGUUCCAAGGCGAGAAUUUCUAUAAGAACCGCGCCAUCGUGGAUGAAAUCAAGACCCUUGCUGAUCGGAAGGGCUGCUCAAUCACCCAGGUCGCGUUGGCGUGGGUUGCUGCACAGGGUUUUAUUGCUAUCCCGGGGACCACUAAGGCGGCCCGUCUAGAACAGAACUGGGCAUCAAGGAAUGUGGAAUUGACGGAGGAGGAGAAGAAGGAAAUGCGGAGGAUCAUCGACGCCGCCAAGCCGCACGGUAACCGAUAUGCUCCUGCUCAGCAGGCUAUGGGAAAAGCUCGGGUCAAGAUGAUUUUAGGGCGCUAUUUUACCGCCAUCAUCAAUUUCUUUGGCUUUCCGCCCUCUUUCGGACCCCAGCAAGGAGUGUUGGGUCCAAAUGUACCCGCUGAGCACCAUGACGCCGAUGCCUUGACCUUCGUUCCGCCCGGUGUCAGCGAGUCCGAAACAGAGAUAAUAAAAUGCGACUACCCUGAUAUGAAGGGAUACAAAUUUGUGUCCGGCCCAGAGAAUCGGGGCGGUUGGUUGGAGAGUUCAGACCCCGACAAGGAAGACUAUAAUAUAUACACCAAUUACGAAACUAAAUGGCCAAAGGGUGUGGUGCGCAAGUAUCAUGUCACCGUUGAUGAGGCAGAGGUGACCCUCGAUGGCGUGAAAUUCCCCAACGCAAAAGUUUUCAACAAACAAUGGCCCGGUCCAUGGAUCCAGGCAUGUUGGGGCGAUGAAGUCCAGAUCACGGUGAGAAACAAUCUGGCUUAUAACGGCACUGCGAUUCAUAUGCAUGGUAUUCGAAUGCUGGACAGUAACCUGAACGAUGGAGUUCCCGGCGUAACUCAGUGCCCCAUUCCUCCAGGCCAAAGCUUCACGUACAACUUUACCGCAACUCAAUAUGGAACCACUUGGUAUCAUAGUCAUUAUAGCCUGCAGUACACGGACGGUGUGCUUGGGCCACUGACUAUUCACGGCCCUGCUUCUGGUGAUUAUGAUAGCGCGAUUGAUCCUUUCAUAAUGGGAGACCAUAACCAUCGCAGUGCAUUCCAGGAUUACUACCAAGAGCAGUUUUCGAACUCGUCGCAAAACCGCUCACCUCCGAAGAUGUCGAGCAUUAUCAUUAAUGGCAAAGGGAACUACGCCGGUUCCUUUCCAGAAAGACGAUAUACCAAGCAUGUCAAACCGAACGAGAGGAGGCUGCUGCGACUGAUAAAUACAUCGUCGGAUUCAACCUAUAUAUUCAGUAUAGAUGAUCAUGAGUUCGAGGUUAUUGGUGCUGAUUUGGUCCCCAUCGAGCCGUAUACGACAGCAAAUAUAACUAUUGGCAAUGGACAACGCUACCAUGCUAUACUGAAAACAAAAGACCCUCACCAGCUCUGGGAUAACCAAGCGUUUUGGAUUCGAACCCAGCCCGCUGAGGGAUGUCAUAACUUCGAGACUAUCCCGGAUGCGAGACAAGGGAUUCUCUGGUACGGAGAUGAGAAAAAGGCACCCAUUCCCACUACGAAUGCGCAUUCUUACAGUGCACUCUGUCGGGACGAACAAGGCUGGAAGCCAAAAGUACCUUGGACAAUCCCAGCUCUCAAGGAAGGAGAACGAAAGGAGCUGAACAUGCCGAACUCCACCAUCAAACUCGACCAGUGGUUACUUCCGAAGCAACGGGAGGAGGAAACUGAUACUUUGGUCAAUCACUGGAAGGCCAUGAAUAGCACGGCCUGGGUCGAUUAUAGAGCACCUACCGUCCAGCAUCUCGAUCCCCCAUACGCAGAAAACGCAGUUGUCUACCCUGUGGAACCUAAUGUACGCCAUAGAGGCUGGCACUACAUGGUGAUUAUCGGGGGUAAUCAGAAUAACCCUAGUAAUGUAAAAGGAGGAAGGCUCAUUCCCGCGGCACAUCCUAUCCACCUUCACGGUCAUGAUUUCGCGCUUCUCCAGCAGUCUAGUGACAAGUAUGUUGACCAUUCGUCGCUGAAGCUGACCUACGACAAUCCGCCUCGCCGCGAUGUCGUACUCCUGCCAAAGAACGGAUUCAUCGUGAUUGCAUUUAAGACAGAUAAUCCUGGACCUUGGGUCCUCCACUGCCACAUUGCUUGGCAUGCGUCGGCCGGUUUGGCCUUCCAAGCCCUGGAGCGAAAGGACAUAUUCAAAGAACAACUUGCUAAAAGAACACCCCAGUGGCAGAAAGACCAGUUGGAACAGAACUGCAAGGAUUGGAAAAAAUGGCAGAAUAACUACGGUAACCACUUUGAUCAGCAAGACCGCUUCCAGGACGACUCAGGAAUUUGA